AUGACCUUCAUUUCACUAAAGCAUGUUGUAUUCGUACCUGGCCCUUCUUGGGGCCACCUACGUCCAGGAAUGAAGACCGCGAUACGAAUGAUUGAGAAAUUUCCAAAUCUCUUUAUAUCGCUAUUUGUAUACCACACGGAAGUAUCCAAAGCGAACAAGUACCUUGAUACUCAGCCACCGGUGUAUUCUCAACGGAUCAGGGUCGUCACCUUCUCAGCCGAAGAAUCUGGCCCACCGGUAAUCAUUGACAAUGCAAUCGAGAUGCUCGAUCAUUUGGAGGCGUGCUUCAAUCUGUGGAUAAACAGCGAGCUCCGGCAAGCGACUGUAUUUCAUAUUGGAGAUAAGCCUAUUGGGGCACCAAGUCUGGUAAUUGAGGAUCUAGCUAAUGGAGGUGUAACAUUGAGGUGUAAAAAAGCGCAUGGCAUUCCAAUUGCCGGAUGGUGGCUGAUGCCCGUGUCAUCUUUGAUUAUGGUCACAGGACAUGAAGAGACUGGCAUCAGAACGGUCUAUGAGGCUCUGGCCCAACUUGAUGCUUCAAAAGAGACUGAUUUCCUUACGAAGGCAAAUGAAGUAUACUUGCAGAAUAUUUCUGAUAGAUUGAUCACUAUGCCGGGCAUUCCGGCUAUCUACGACUGGGAAUUGAAUCCUCAGUAUCUCCCUUACAUACCCCCAUUCCUCGCGUAUCUGGUCCCACGAAUGAUCACUAUGCUAGAGUCUAUCAACACACUCGCCUGUGGUAUAGCCUUUGAGAUGGAGCCCAUUUGUGCCGCUUCUCUCUCGACUGCAUUCGGACGGCCUAUAGCCCCAUUCUUCAUCGGUCCGGCAGUGGACCUUACUCCACCUCAACAGCUAGAUCCCGAUUCGCCAGUAACUCAGUUUCUAGAUCGUUCGUUUACCGAAAAAGGUGCCCACUCAGUGAUUUAUGUCGCUUUCGGCACCACUUUCUUCCCUCUUCCGAGCUCGGUAUCACACCUCAUGGCUGCCCUCGACGAGAUCCCCAAGGCGGGAUUUAGGUUUGUCUUUGCGCUCUCGUCAGAAAGUGCUGGUGUUAAUCAAGAGUGGAUGGAUGGGCAUAUCGAGGCAGGGAAUGCGAUAUUCCCAAGGUGGGCAAACCAGACCGCGGUUCUUGAGCAUCCCGCAAUUCAUUAUUUCUUGUCACACGGCGGAUGGAAUUCAUCCACUGAAGCGCUUGUACGCGGUGUACCGAUGAUCUUUUGGCCGUUCAUGGGUGACCAGGCAACAAACGCCUUACAGAUCGCCAAUAUACAUGACUGUGGGUUCGAGCUUCUCCAGGUCCGUACUGGGCCCGCCAAGUCCAAGUCAUAUCAAAACGGUGCCGAUGUUGAGAUAAUAGGCACGGAUGACGCUAUUUCGGAGAUGAUGAAGUGGGACGAUAAACGGCACGUCAUGCGGAGAAAGAGAGGACUGCCAACAAUCUCGGGUAUCUUCUUGCACACAUACAAUGGCACUCCCCCACUAAAACAUGUCGUAUUCCUAUCUGCUCCUGCAUGGAGUCACUUGCGCCCUGCUUUGAAGACCGCACUCCGAAUGGUAGAAAAAUUCCCGGACUUGUUCAUAUCCUUAUUCGUGUAUCACUCAGAGCUGUCCAACGCCAAUAAGUACCUCAGCAAUCAGCAAUCUGUGUGUUCAAGAAGAAUCAAGAUUGUUACCGGUUCAAGUGUAAAAACUGCUCCGACACUCGCCACCAGCAAUCCAAUGGAGAUGCUCGACUUCUUAGAGCUAUCUUUCAAGCUAUGGAUAACAAGUGAACUUCAACUUGGUAGCGUUAUUCAAGUUGACGGGCGCCCGGUUGAUGCACCAAGUGUUAUCAUGGAGGAUGUGUUCAACGGAGGAAUGUCAUUAUCGUGCAAAAACGAACACAAUCUGCCAAUAGUGGGGUGGUGGCUAGCUACUUCAGCUUCAUUAAUGACUAUCACAGGGCAUAAAUCAACCAGGGUCACUGAGAGUCUGGCUCUACUCUGUGCUCAAGGUAAACUAAAUUGGUUUAGUAAGGCCGCCGACGUGCUUGUUCAGUUAAACAAGAUUAAUUUUAUAUCGACAACAUUUGACUGGGUCCUAAAUAUUAGCUCUCAGCUCUUGCAGAAUGCUUCUGAUCGGUUGAUUAAUAUACCGGGUUUGCCUCCCCACCGCGAGUGGGAGCUCAAUCCUCAGUAUUUCCCUUUCAUGCCGUUAUUCAUGGCGUAUUUGGUCCCACGAGUAACGAGGAUUAUCAAUGAAGUCGAUGCAAUUGCCUGUUGCACAACCCUCGAAAUGGAACCCGUUUGUGCUGCCUCCCUCUCGUCCUCAUUUAAAUAUCCUAUCGAAUCGUUCUUUAUUGGUCCAGCAGUAGACCUUGCUUCUCCCAACCACGAAAACGACUCGGACUCAUUGGUCACACAGUUCCUAAAUCGUGCAUACACUGAAGAUGGCGCGCAUUCAGUCAUCUAUAUCGCCUUCGGCACUGUUUUCUUCCCGAGUUCAAGCUCAAUACCUCAUCUCAUGGCUAUCCUUGACGAGAUACCCAAGGCUGGGCUCAAGUUUAUAUUUUCACUCUCGUCUGCGAGUGCAAAGCUGGAAAAGGCAUGGAUGGAUGCGCACAUCGCCGCAGGAAACGCAAUAUUUCCGGACUGGACAAACCAAACUGCGGCGACGCAUUAUUUCCUAUCUCAUGGAGGAUGGAGCUCGUGUACUGAGGCGCUCGUACGUGGGGUUCCAAUGAUCUUUUGGCCAUUUACGGGCGAUCAACCGGUAAACUCCAUGCAAAUAGCUGAGAUCCACGAUUGCGGCUUCGAGCUUUUGCAGAUUCGAACUGGGCCAGCAAAGUCCAAAGCUUACCAAAAUGGGACCGAGAUCGAGAUAGCAGGCACGGACGAUGCAUCAUCUUACUCGCCCUACUCAUCAUCCUCAUCAUCGCUCUCCUCCUCAUUCCCCGCGAUUUGCAAGCGCGACCCCCAUCCCAGCUGUAACCCGCCCAGCAUCGCCUUUCCAGCGGUGGGCUUGGCCACUACCGUCGGAGCCUUGACCGUCGCGCUCGAGUUGGCCCGGGACAUCCCCAUCAGCCCAGCUCCCAUCGCUAGCCCCGCGACGCCCUUGAGGACUUGCAUCCCCACUCCGCCCAUCCCUAUCCCCAUUCCUAUUCCCAUCGCGGUCGCAGUCGCGCCCCCCACCCGACUCGAGAACAUCCCCAUCCCGCUCGUCCUGUUUCCCCCCGCCGGCGACAAGAACCCUGCUCCCGCUGUCCCCGAAAGCAGCCCCACCCCCUGA